UCUAUUAUGGUUAUCUGGAAACGAAGAGUUACCUGCUGGCUAAUAAACAUGAAUCGUUUAAUGGAAUCAAAAGAAGAAGUUCUGGUGAAUAUUCCUUUAGGGCCCCUUUUGCCUGUUGCUUAAUCAAUUCCAUCUGGCCAGGGAGUAAAUUCCAACGAAUCCACCAUCAUCAACGUCGCUAGUUUUGACGAAUAUUUGGAAAUGGCAAUCAAAUUUGACUUGUUUAAAAAACAGCACGAUAAAUUUCCUCGUGGACAAACAAAAUCAUGGGACGUAGGAAAAUUAAGUGAAAAUAAAUCAAAAAACCGAUAUGGAAAUCUGGCCGCCUACGAUGAGACGAGAGUAAAGCUGAAUUUUCAAACAGGAUUGGGACAGAGUGAUAACAUCAACGCAAAUUUUAUUGACGGCUACAAAAUGAAAAAAACAUACAUUGCCACGCAAGGACCGAAGUCGAACACCCUGGUCGAUUUUUGGCGAAUGAUAUGGCAGGAACAGGUUUCCUUGAUCGUGAUGGUCACAAACUUAAUUGAGAAUGGAAAAACAAAGUGCGAAAAGUACUGGCCUGAGGAAAGACAGUCUGUGUGCGUCAAGGGCCUUCAGGUUCAGAGCGUUAAGGAAGAAAUUUACCCCGAUUACACAAAACGCACCAUGCGACUCAUGAAUGGAGACCAAAAUCGUUUGGUUGUGCAAAUGCACUACACACAAUGGCCUGACCACGGAGUGCCUUUCUACGCAAAGUCUCUUGCUUGCUUCAUGGAAAAAAUUCUGGAAAUCAAAUCCGAUAGUCCAGUUGUGGUUCAUUGCAGUGCCGGAGUUGGUCGGACGGGAACCAUAAUUCUGAUUGAUGCUUGUCUUCGAAUGGCGAAGGCAGAAGGUUUUUUUAACGCUUUUGAUACGUUGGGCAAAAUUCGCGCACAAAGGGCAAAUUUGGUUGACAACGAGAUGCAAUAUCGCUUCGCUCACUUAGUUCUAUAUGAGGUCCUUUGCGUGCCAAAUUAUGAUGUGCCUUGCGGCAGAUUUACGGAUGAGAUAAAACAUUUAUUGGCAAAUGGCAAGAAUUUACUGAAUCAGCACUGGCUGGGAAUCAAUAGAAUUUGCACAAUGGAUUGGCAACGUCUUCAGGCGCAAAGCGUAGUUUUGCCAGAGAGAUUUGGACUCCACGACUAUCCUGCUGCGUCUGACAAGUGUUUGAAACUUUUCCCAAGUCAGCCUACGGAACGGAAUCUUAGAUUGAUCAACGCGGUUUUUGUUGAUGGUUUCAAAAAGAAAAACAAGUUCAUCUGCAUUCACACACCAACGCAAAGCACAAUUGUGGAUUUCUGGCAAAUGAUAGAUCAGUAUAAAGUUGAACACGUUAUUGUACUAAAUGAAUUUCAACCGAACGAGCUCUGCGCGGGUGACAUUCAAGUAAUCCUGAAAAAAACAUUUCAGUUGAAACGCUGCACAAUCUUGGACAUUGAAAACUCUAGGGUCGACUAAAAAUUAAAUGAAAAUAGUCAUUUUUACGUAACCAUGUAAAUUUUAG